GGGCCAAUGAGAGGGACGAAAACGAACAAAUCUGGCGACGAUACAAAAAUCAAAUCAAGGCCGAUCAGGACCGCCGGAAGAGAUGGAGCGCGUCCUUAGCGCCCUUCGGUCGACGGAGACGAAGACACGCCUCAUGGGCGUCAACUACGUCGAAACGUUCCUUGACGAGGAGGGUUGGGAAGAGAUCUUGACCGCGCUUGUCGGAUGCCUCAGCGACAACAACGCCAAGGUGACGCAGGGAAGCCUGCGCAUGCUCGCCAAGCUCAUCCAAAGCCCGUCCAAGCCCACAGAGCACAUCCGCGGCUUCUUCACGCUCCUCUGGGGGCCGCUCAAGGAGAAGCUCGGGGACAGCAAGGCACCGAUCCGCGAAGCCGCGACCGACGUUCUGCUGUGCCUCAUCGAGAAGAUUGGCAUGGCCUGCGUCCUGGACCGCCUCCGGUUCUGCGCUGGACACAAGAACUGGCGUAUCCGCGAGCAGGUGCUUGUCUGCAUUUUCAUGGCCAUGGAGCGCUUCCGCGCCGAGCCGCAGCGGAUAUGUCAAGAUGGCCUUUUGGAAAUGGCCUUGAAGCUGCUCGAAGACUCGACAAAAGAUGUGCGCGACGCAAGCCUCAAUGUGAUCCACGUGCUCUACGGAAUUCGUGGGGAGUCGCUCUUGCUCGAACUUCAGUCCAAGAACCUUCGGCCUGCCCACAUGCGCUUGCUCAUGGGUCGUCUUGGUGGCGAAGAAGCGCCAGUAACCAGCGCGAGCAGCAGUACUAGCAGCCAGCCCAAGCGCCCAGUGGCUACGAUUCGCCCGCCGUCGUACUCGCUGCCCGGCAUCCCCGUCGCCGCGACGUCUCCGGCCAAAGCCAAGCGGUCCGUGUCAUUUUCACCACCGAGAUCGGCCCCCGUCGUGCCCGUGUGUGCGUACACGGACAAAGAAGUGCAACAGCAAAUGACCAUCGUCUUGGACGGCCUUGCCGAGAACCAAGAGUGGACAACGCGAGUCAAGUCGCUGCAACAUUUGCAGUCCCUUGUCGAGAAGGGUGCGACGCAAAGUGCUGUGUUUGCAACGUCGCUGAAAGCCAUGCGCGACCGCAUUUGCGACCAAGUCGGCGACCUGCGCUCGACCGUGACGCGAGAGGCGUGCAGCACGAUCUCGUCGAUGGCCAAGGCAUUGGGCGACGCCUUCCACCCGUUCGUCGACAGCUUUAUCGCAGCGUUGCUCAAGUCGGUCAGCGUGACGAUCCAAAUCGUGGCCGUCUCGGCCGACUCGUGCGUCAAAAACAUCAUCCAAAGCACCGACAACGGGUACCCCAAGGCCGUGCCCAAGUUUAUUGACGGCGCACGUACCAAAAACAACUCGAUUCGACUGCACUGUGUCGAGUACCUCACACUCGCGUGGAGCACGUGGGACCCGAUGGCUUUUGAUCGACAUACUGAGACAAUGGCUAUCCUCCUGCCGUCCAUCAUUGGGGACGCCCACGCCGACGUUCGCGCUGCAGCACGCAAGUGCUUUUGGGCCUUCCAUGCCGCGCAUCCGCAACGAGCAAAUCAGGUGCUUGAUGAGCUCGAUGCGUCCAGUCGACGCCGCGUCGUCGAUGAAAUGGCAACGGCUCCCGCAGCACCCGCGAGCAAUGCUCGACCGGCCUCCCGAAAAAACGCCCUGGACGCUCCUUCCGCAGCCGUGGGCCCGAUUCCGUCAACCGUCAAGACGGCGCUGCCCCAACCUGCGGUUGUGCCCCUGGGUCCUCGUCGUGUCUUCAAUGGGUCCGAGCACGAGGCGCACGCAAGCUCGUCGCAAGUGCCAUCUGGGCCGCUUCGCGUGCCCAUUCCCGUGCGCAAGCAGCCGCGCACCGAUGACCGCGUCGACGAAGCCCCUCGGCGGAACCAGGCAUUACGCGUCCUCAACACCAACACGUCAUCUGUGUCGACUGCGUCCCACUAUGUUGAGGUCGCCCCGACACCCACGUACGGUGGUCCAUUGCGUGUGGAGGUCGCCCCGGUGUCCAGCCGAUCGACGCAUCCGGAGAGCACUCGGCGCCGUGCCUCGGCCACCGACGACAACCAGCGCGAUGACCGACCGAGCUCUCUGUCGUCCGAGCUGUGGGAGAAGCGUGCCGACGACGCCAUGUGGUCGAUCCGACUCGAGACUGUCGACCAUCUUUUGCGCAUGGCCCCGAGCGUGAUGCCACCCGACGCUGCCAAGAUGGUCAAGAUUGCAAUGGCGCGGAUUGGUGACUCGCACUUUCGAGUGGCGCAGAGUGCCAUGAAGCUGCUGAGCCUCCUCGUACCGACGCAUCCGUCGCUUGUGUUGCCGUACUUGAAGACGGCCCUACCCAAGGUGUUUGCCAAGCUAGUGGACCCCAAGGAAGGAGUUCGCGAGCAAGCCACGCUGGUGCUCGAGGCCAUUGUCGCGUCAUCGCAGCAAGGCGGCUACGAUGCGUCGACGCUACUGAGUUGGAUCGUGCCGUCGAUGCUCGAUGGACCCGUCAAAGUCAAACUCCUCGUGUACAACUGCAUCUUGCAGCUUCUGCCGAGCGCACCCGAGUUUGGCAACGCCCCGGGCCCGCUUCGCGCGCUUGUGCUCAAGCUCGCCGACUCGAUCGAGAAUGAUCAAGCUUCCGAGCGCGGUACCGUCACGGUCGUCACGAACGUGCUGGAAAAGAUCUGCGAACUCUACGAUGCGUCGUUCUCGAUGGUUCUGCAGCAGCUCUCGCCAUACAAACUCGGGCACAUUCAAAAGUGCAUAAACGUCCCGGCCCCGAAACUCAAGCGCAAGCACGAGAAGCCCGCCCCGCCGCCUUCAAUGCUUACGAGUCCCAACCAGCCACAGGACGCUGAGCCAGGGACGCACGAUUGGCUGGCCGUGCUCUGCGGCAACAACGCGUCACGAGAAGACAAGUUGUCUGCGAUGGACAAGAUCAUGAAGGACAUUCGCACGCAAGGUGCGUCCGUGCUUUGUUCGCCCGUGACGAAUGCGAUCGAGUGGCCGCGCAUCGUGCUUGCGCUCCUCGAUCUCGCCCUCGACAACGACUCGAACGAAUACAAAAUUUUGCAAACCAAGGUCAUGCAGACAGCGGCGUUGAUCUUGGCGACGCCCGAGUACGCGUCGUAUGCUGCCACCAGCGUCGAGUCGCUCGUUCUCCAGCUGCUCUCGCGGGCAUCCAGCAACUCUGUCCUCGGCCUCUACUUUGUCGAAAAGUUUGUAGCGCUGGCCAUCACCGCCGUGUCCAACAUUGCCAGCAUCCGGCUCCUGGUCGCCCUCACAAAGUCGUCGCCGCAAGAAGACGUACACGUGCAAAUCGCACUCAAGGUGCUCAAAACCGCUAUCGAUGCGAUCGCGUCCUUCGAUGCGCUCCACGUGGGCGAGUUUGAUUGGAUCGCGUCUGCUGUUGUCCAGACGCUGUGCCACGCCAACUCGGGCGUCCGAAAGAACGCGGUCAACUGCCUCGUGAGCCUCUACUUUCUCGGCGGCUCCAACUUUGUGCCGCAUUUGCACGCGCUUCCGCCCCACUACCAAAAGCUCGUGAGCCUCUAUAUUGAAAAGGCCCAAGUCGCAACGACGCAACGAUAACGACAACGGGUUACAGUAUUCGUAUUAAAUAAUCACCGAUCAUGUCGGCGUAAAGGGCUGGAUGCGCGUCGGCUGGUCGUACGCCGGGUGCGACGAUGCGAUUUCGCACAAAACGUCGACGGGGGUCGGGCAAUACU